UUUUAUAGGUUGGCAACACGUACAGACCAGUUGUACGCUUUGUACUCACACAGGAGACCCGUCUGCAGUCUGAGACACUUCCUGAAAACCCUGUCUUGCUUUGAUUUGUUCUCCAUCAAAACUGCGUUGAAGCUGUUAACACAAUGGACAAAGCAGCUGUACUGACUCACAUCCUGAAGCCGAGGGGCGUGGAGAGUCUUCUUGGUGGAGAGUUGCCUGUCAGUGUUAUAACCAGCAAGAAAUACAUACACCCACUCACUGGUGAAGAUCAGGAAGCACUUGACAACUUGCUUCCCCUUGAUCGUGCCAUCUUUACAGCUCUGUCUGGUGAGAUUAAAACCGUGACACUUCUAGGUCCAGCGGGUUCAGGUAAAACAACUGCUUUAGAAAAGCUUGUUAUCGACUGGGCAAAAGGAGAACAACUCCAAAACUUCUCCUAUGUUUUCCAUUUUCGGUUCAGGGACUUAAAUUCUCUUGAAGGUGCGCUCUCCUUGGAGGCUUUAAUCCAAAAGCAUCAUGUCCCUCCUGAGUCCGUGCCCCUGGUUCUGCAGAAGCCUGAGGAUGUGUUAUUGGUCUUUGAUGGUCUGAAUGAGUACAAAUACAGCCUGGACCCCUCUGUUCAUACCCUCUGCUCCGACCCGACCCGGACAGCCUCAGUGUCCUGUUUGGUGGCCAGUCUGCUUCACGGUUCACUGCUGAAAGGAGCAACAUUUAUGGUUGCAACCAGGCCAACGAAAUGUCUGGGGUUUCUCAGCAGUACCAAGGUUGAGGUGUUUGGGUUUCUGAAGCCCCAAAGAGAAGCUUAUUUUACCAGCUUCUUUACUGACCCUGCUGCUGCCAGCAAAGCACUAACACACAUGGAAAAGACUCUCGGCUUUUACAAUUUUUGUACAACUCCGAGGUUUUGUUGGACGGUUUGUUCCAUGUACAAGUCCUUGAUUGAUUCUGGAGCACAGCUUCCUGAAACUUUAACUCAGCUGUUUGUACACAUCCUGCUUCACUUGCUUCGCACUCUGUCGCUGAAUGAGGCCUGCAACCGAGAGCUGGUGUUGGCCCUUGGCAAGAUGGCUUCUCAUUGCUGCCUUGAACCACAUUCAAGCUGCACCAAAGAGCAAAUGGAUUCCUUUGGGUUUCAGCGGUUCCUUACCUCAGCUGGUGUUUUCUUGCGAGUAGACGGUGACCUGGAGUCAGAUACAUGUGUCUUCUCCUUCCACUCGCAACUGAUGCAGGAGUUCAUCUUGGCUGUGUCUGUCUUUUUGGACAGGUCCACAUAUGAGGGUUUGGAGAAGAUCCUGGAAAGGCACAAAGAUGAUGCAAAGUACCUAGAUUUCUUUUUGUCAGGGCUGUCAGAAACAAUUCAGCGCAACCCCCUGGAGACCCUGCUGGGACAGUUCAACUCUGAUCAGAUCAAGGAUUUCAAAAGCUGGUUUAAAAGCAGCUCAAAGGCAGCAUUGGAGGGACACAAUAAAGAGGAAAUCGACAGAUUCUUGAAUCUGCUUCAUCAAGCUCAAAAUGAGAGUUUGGUAAGAGAAACCAUCUCCCCAUCACCACGAAUGGGUGUCAGCUACAGCAAGCUGAGCCUCCAGAACUGUGUAGUUCUGAAUUAUGUUGCUACAUACAUUGGCGAGAUGAGCGAAUUAUAUUUUUACAGUACAAAACAUUUGACAGAGGAGAUGGCAGCAGUCGUAGCUCCAGCAAUGAGUCUUUCACACCUGAUAACGUUGACUCAAAACUCCCUGAGUACUGGGGCUGUCCAUCACUUGGCUUCAGCUCUCAGUAAAGGAAUCACCGGAGGGCUGGAUCUCUCUUAUAGCAACCUUGGUGAUGAAAAGUUAAGGCUUCUCUGUACUGGACUCAGACACUGCAAGGUGCACACAUUACACCUUCCAGUAUGCCAACUGACAAAGGAAAGCUGUGAAGACCUGGCCUCUGUGCUGGCCUCGGACACCGCUCAGCUGCGCUACAUAGAUUUGAGGCAUAAUGAGAUCAUGGAUCAAGGUUUUGCAAUGCUGGGCAAAGCAAUGCAUAGUCCACACUGCAAACUACAGACACUACAGAUUCAAAAGUGUGGCUUGACUGCACCAUCCAUGGAGGUUUUAUCAGCAGCUCUGUGUUCUGGUCAGUCGCAGUUGAAAACAUUGAACCUGACUCACAACGUGAUUGGUGAAAACGGAGUGGAGGCUUUGUGCAAGGCCUUGCAACACUCCCUUUGUAAACUGAAAAGCGUCACCCUCUACGAUUGUGAGCUGACAGGUGCUUGCUGUACUCACUUGAAGGAGGCUUUACUGUCAGAGCACUUCGCUCUGUCAGAGCUGGAUCUGUCAGUGAAUGAGUUGGGCCAGGAGGGGGCGCUGCUGCUCUGCCAAGGAUUGGGUCGACCAGGCUGUCCAAUAGAAACCCUCGGUUUGACACGAUGUGAGUUAACUCUGCCGGUCUUCAAGGAACUGGGCUCCCUGCUGAAAACUUCUCGGAUUAAAUCCCUGUCUGUUGGUUUGAAUAAAGUAGGAGACGAAGGAGUUAAACAUCUUUGGGACGCUGUUGCACAUCCAAACUGCCUGUUGGAGAAACUGGACGUUGAAAUGACUGACUUGACGGAUGCCUGCGUUGAAGACUUGUGUGCUGCUAUAAGAGCCAGCAAGACUCUGAAGGAACUGGAACUGAGAAACAAUGAAAUGACCGAUGCCGCUGUCCCAGCUCUCGUUGAAGUCAUGCAGGACAGCGACAACAUGCUGGAGAUGAACGUGAAGUACAAUGACUUCUCUGAAGAAGUUUUUGACCUCAUGGAACAGUGCAGUAAAAUAAGCUACUGAAGAAGGCCGAUCAGUCCGUCCAUCUGCUGCAGCAUCACAUACCGUAUUGAUGAAUUUGUCUGUUUCCUGAGUAACAGGACUAUUUUGAUAUUGAUAGUUUGAUUGUUGAAGCCAAAGUGGUAUCGAUGCACCUUCAGGACAUCCAGCGUCUUGAAUGUUAGAAUUGUUGCUUUUAUUGAUUGAUGUGAGAGUAAAUCAAAUGACUGUUUGCUGAACCAAAUGAGCAAUUUGACCAAUCUACCCUGCAAUUUAGGAAAUAGGGAUUUAGCUCUUUUUGUGAUGUUGUAUUAAUGAAAAGAUUUUGGGAGAAAAUAAUCAUCAUGUUGAGCAAUAUAGAACAUAAUCAUCAUUUGCAGCUCUGAUCCUUCCACAGUCAAGUUUACCAUCCGCUACAUAAUAAAGAUCCUACAUAUUCA